AUGUGGGGUUCUUACCUUUGCUUUGAUACUGUAGCCAGGAACAAUGGACCAUUCGUACAGGUUGAUGAGAUUAUGGAAAUCUUGCGGAGGUGCAAGCUGCCGGACACAGUGGAAGAGGCGGUGAGGAUCAUUACAGGAAGCCAGGCAGAGAUGAACAUGGAGGGGAACGGACCAGUUGAAGUCAACACACUACUAAAUAAAUCUGUGAAAAGACCCAAUGAGGAUUCCGACGAUGAAGAAGAGAAGGGGUCUGUGGCCAUCUUUCCUUUCUCAGUGAUUCCUUGUGGCUGGGCGGUGCACAUUGCUUGUAGAUUGCAACGUAGAAGCUAAAAGCUGAACAUUUACACUACUGAGCCCAGGGCCAGAGGGAUGAUCCAGAGAAAGGAAAAAGAUGGUGCUCACUAGAAUACAACUCUGGCUCUGAGGUAACGGAUAAUAAUUACUGGGGGUACCUAACUAGUCAGCAAGCCAAGUGAUUCAGUCUUUCCUUGUCCUUAAAGUGGCCAUACAUGGGCUGACCCAUACUGGAUGGAACAGGUGGAUAUCAUACAAGGUAUGGCCAGAUUUAUAUUGUUCUUUAUUUGCCAUACAUGCCCAGAGGGUCAGGUAAAAUUAGCCAAAAUGCCUCACCAGAUGUGGGCAUACAUGGCAAGCUUAAGGCCCCAUGCACAACGCUGGUUUUUGUUCAUUAUUGCAAUCAUUCGCACUGUCCUUACCAAGCUGCCGCAUUUCAGUGGGUACAUGGGUACAUGAACAGCAUGCAGUCGAUGUCCAGGCAACCAAUCAAGCCUCAUUUUAUAAAAGGGGUUUUUACUGUAAUAUUUAGCUAAACAUUUGCAUUUUUAGACCAAUCAUUCUGAGCACUGUUGGGUGGGAUUAUGGAUAAAAAGUGCUGAGUUUCAGUCUUACAUCUCUUUACCCCCAACUUACACAUCCGCCACCUUACCAAUGAGAUUGUGCUAUACCAUAGCAUCGUACAACUAUUUAGUAGCGCAUUGUUACAAAGGAGAGACCAUAUAACGUCCAUAGUGAUUCUACAGGGUGCUGAGCUUGGUUUGCCUGCAGACCUGAUUGGUUUAUCCCGGAACAGGCUCCAUUGCCUUUCCAACCAAUGACACUUUCGCAUUCUAAAACACAGGAGAACUUUUCAGCAGCACCAAAGCGCAUGUGCUAGGGCAAAGUUAUAGUGAAUGGUGGGUUCCUAACAAAUGGCCCCCCACCCACUAACAGCCUCCAGUCUCUACAUUAAAACUUAUGGCGUGACUGCUAAUGAUGAAAAGCCAAUGCAGAUCAAGGGCAUGUCCCCCCCCCCCCAUGCAGUUAAAUCACCUGUUUGCCUGUUGGGACCUGCCAUUUCUCUGCCCCAACAAUAAUACUCAUGGCAAUGGCGUGUUUAUCAGCUGCUUUCAUCCAGGGCAAUAGUCUUCUGCUGACAGUGCCAUGUUAAGGCUGAUGCCACACGUGGCGUAGGGCUGAUUUUUUCGG